AUGGCGCCGCGUAACCCCACGAGACGAGCCGCCGAGCCGCAGCACGUCCGCCGCAAGCACGCCGCCCCCGGCACCGCCCUCGAGGACUCGGACGAGGAGGCGCUGGGAAGCGACGACCUGCCGUGGGAAUGGAUCUACAACGUCGAGGAGCCGGCGCACGACGAUGACGGCGACGACGGCGGCGGCGAGGGCGACAGGAAGAGGAGGAAGGUGUCGGGCAGCAAGAUCGUCGGCGCGCGCAUGGGCAGCCUCCAGUGCCGCGUCGGGGAUUGCGUGCUCCUCAAGGCGGACGGGUCCAACGACGCUUGGGUGGCCAUUAUUUGCGAGUUCAUCGAUGGCGAUGCCGACGGCGACAUGGCUGCCAACUUUAUGUGGUUCUCGACCGAGAAGGAGAUUCGAAACAGGAACAAGAAGCGCAACGAUUUCUACUGGAACGAGCUCUACAUUUCGCCUUCCUGGGACGUCAACCCCCUUGCUUCCAUCAACGGCAAGGCUAAGGUCAUGUCACUCGAGGCCUUUCUCAAAAAGUUCCCCUCAGGCAAGGUGGCGCGCCAUCUCCCCGACUUUGGCAGGACCUUCAUCUGCCGACGGGGCUGCAACACCCGCACGGCCACGUAUACGGACGAGUUCGUCUGGGAGGACAUCUACCGCGGCGGGGACGACGUCUUCGACCUGAUUGAGCGCACAGAGCAAGACACAAAGGCCGUGCGCAGGCGCCGCAAGCCCCGGAGCCAGUCGCCGCACGAGGAUGCUUACCUACCCCCUCCCAAGACGCCGACAAAGCCCGCGCCCCGGCCAGCCGCGACGCCCCAGUCCAAGAAGAGGAGCGCUGCCAAAAGGCUCGAAUUCACCCCCUUGGCGACUCGCAAACUCUCGCCGAGCAAUGUCCAAUCAUCCCCCUUUCAAAUCGCACGCUCCCGCCUCCAUGUCUCGUCCGUACCAGCCUGCCUCCCGUGCCGCGAAGGCGAAUUUUCUCUCGUCUACUCGCACCUUGAGGCGGCCAUUGGCGAGGGCACUGGCAACUGCAUCUACAUAUCCGGCACGCCGGGCACGGGCAAGACCGCCACCGUGCGCGAGGUCAUCGCCCGGCUAGAGGAGGCCGUCGGCUCGGACGAGCUGGACGACUUCAUUUUUGUCGAGAUCAACGGCAUGAAAAUCACCGAUCCGCACCAGUCCUACACGCUGCUGUGGGAGGCCCUCAAAGGCCAACGCGCAAGUCCGUCGCAGGCCCUGGAUCUUCUUGAGCGCGAGUUUAGCAAUCCCAGUCCGCGGCGCAUUCCCUGCGUCGUCUUGAUGGACGAGCUUGACCAGCUCGUCACUAAAAACCAGGCCGUCAUGUACAACUUCUUCAACUGGCCUACGCUACGGCACAGUCGGCUCAUCGUCCUUGCGGUAGCCAACACCAUGGAUUUGCCCGAGCGGACGUUGAGCAACAAAAUCAGCAGUCGUCUGGGCCUCACACGCAUCACCUUUCCGGGCUACACACACGAUCAACUCAUGAAAAUCAUCCAGUCACGUCUCGAGGGCGUGCCCGGCGAUGUUGUAGACCCGGACGCGGUUCAGUUCGCCAGCCGCAAAGUCGCCGCCGUCAGCGGCGACGCCCGAAGAGCCCUCGACAUCUGCCGCCGCGCCGUCGAGCUCGCCGAGGGCGACGCCCAAGGCGACCCUCAGACACCGAGCAAAUCGGGAUCCCACAACCAAGCGCGGCGCGGGCGAGUCACCAUAGCCACCGUCAAAAAGGCCAUCAACGAGGCAACCACCAAUCCCGUCCAGCAACACCUUCGCAGCCUCCCGCUCAUGUCAAAGCUCAUCAUGGCGGCGCUGCUGCUGCGGAACCGAAGGACCGGCCUCGUGGAGACGACGUUUGGGGAUACUCUGGAUGAGCUGCAACGAGCAACAGCCCAUUCCGCGCCGACGAACCCUGGUAUGGCCAUGAUCCUCGGCGACGGCUCAAAAGGGACUCCAGGGACGGGUCGUCGGAUCGUGAGCAGGCCCCGCUAUGUUCACACUGCAGCUCUAGACCUUGUGGGCGCCGGGUUGGUGCACUUGGAGGCCCAUCGGGCCGAGAGAUCUAGCAAGCUGCGGCUUGCAAUAGCCGACGACGAAGUAAAGAUGGCUCUCCGUGAUGACGGAGAGCUCAAGUCCAUGGGUAUUGGGAUAUGA